AUAAGUACAGUCAUGUCAAACAAGAGUUAAAAGCGUAAACAAGUACAGACGACAAGCGAAACAUCAACACUGUGUCAUUCGUGUCUCUUAUGGAAAAUCUCGUUUGGUAGAGAAAAUUAUUUUGUUUUUUGUACUGAUUCUAACAAGUAAUAGUCCAGAACUUUUUAUUAUUAAUUUAUGUUUUUGUAAUUUUUUUUGAAGGACGUUUUGGUGGUUAUUAAACAUAGAUUGCAAUUGUUUACAUAAUAAAAACACCUGAAGGCACUAAGCAUGGAUGAGAAUGAUCUUGGAUAUAGAACAGCAAGUGAGUUUACCAAGCUGUACUACGAGAGUAUGGACAGAAAAAGACAUCUAAUGUCACGGUAUUACAUGGACAACGCCGCCCUUGUUUGGAACGGGAAUGGAAGAAACGGAGCUGAUGAAAUUCAAAAAUUCCUUGCCAGUUUACCAAUCAGCACACACCUUCUGACUAGUCAGGAUGUUCAGAGGAUACCAGAUGGAGCUGUAGGGAACAAAAUGGCUUAUGUCAUACAGACUGCUGGUAAUGUCAAGUUCCAAGGGAGGCCGAACAAGCAGAUGUUCUAUCAGACAUUUGCAAUCACCAAUGAAGGUGACAAGUGGAAAAUUGUUUCAGACUGCUUUAGAUUUCAAGAACAUGUGGCAACAACAUAGUGUAGAUUAAUAAAGUGAAUUUUAACUGUAAUUUGAUCUUCUUUAUAACUAAUAUGAACAUCGUAUAUACAUAUUUUUAAGAACUUUCAUGGAAAUAUUGUAUUGUAACAGACGAAAUCUAAAAGGAUUGGCCCAAAACUAUUGUUUAAUAAAGAUAAUCUUCAGAAAA